AUGGAUUUUCUUUCCACGAUUUCUAAACGCAUCAAUAGAGUUCGAGUCGAAGGGACUGUUUUCCUAAAAAUGAUCAAACAUUAUGAAGAAGAGUCCGUAUCGAGUCAAAACUUUGUCAAUGGUGUGCUUUUGGGACUUGCACAAGGCAGUCAACUUGAAGUUACGAAUUGUUUUCCGUUACCGAAGACUCAAGAUGAUGACCCAAAUGCUAAUGAGGCCCUUAUUAAUUAUGAAGCUAACAUGAUCCGUAAUUUGAGACAGCUGAACACGGAUUAUUUGAACGUUGGAUUUUACCAAGCCGGUCCUGGAGGUGUUUCUGUGAACCGUGCAAAUAUCGAUAAUAUAUAUCAGCGACAAAUCAACCUAUCUGAGUCUGUGCUGCUUACCUAUGAUCCGACAAGGACUAGUAGAGGUCAAAUCGGUCUUAAAGCUUACCGUCUUUCCGAAGCUGUACUUGCUGCUAGAUUUGAAGCUGAGGAACGUCUUCGUCUCAGUGGGAAUCAAAAGGGUCCUGAGGUUCCAUGGGAAUGUGUAAGUCUAUAUUCGCUCAAAAGCUUUGUCAUCAAACAAUUUUGGAAUGAGCUUUUUAUAUCCCUUAUUUGUUUUAUUGUCUCAUAUGCUACUAUUUUACAUGCUUCGACGGUUUGUCUAAAGCUAAUUUCCUGUGAGGAACCUGAUGGUUGAACUGAUCUAAAGGUUGUUUCAGUGUUUUAGAUGACUUGAUUAUCCGAGUGGAGUCAGUUAGAAUACGGCGAAUGAGGUGAACUGUCCUCCAACGUCUAGAUAAUUUCCAUCUAGCUAGA